UCCGGGUCAUGGCGAACGCCGCGGGCGCGUGCCGCAGCCGGCGCGCGCGGAUUUCCCGCUGCGCCACGUUCAGCGCGUGCCACCGGCUCCACAGCAAGUCUCUGAGCGAUGAAGAGAACCUGAAGCUGUUUGGAAAAUGCAACAAUCCAAAUGGCCACGGCCAUAACUAUAAAGUUGUGGUGACAGUACAAGGAGAGAUUGACCCGAUCUCCGGGAUGGUCAUGAACCUGACGGACCUAAACAGGGACAUUGAGGAGGCGAUUAUGAAACCCCUAGAUCACAAGAACCUGGAUCAAGAUGUGCCCUACUUUGAGAAUGUUGUAAGCACAACUGAAAAUGUUGCUGUGUAUAUCUGGGAAAGCCUUCAGAGAUUCCUGCCAGAGGGAGCUCUGUAUAAAGUCACAGUGCACGAAACUGACAAGAACAUAGUGGUCUACAAGGGGGAGUGAUCACUUCUUGGGGAACCAGUCCUCCAUCUCAAUAUAAUUCAAAUUCAGUUCUUUCGGAGCAUCUCAAGACCUUUCCAUUAUGUCGAUCUGCCCCCUCGAGCAAUGUUUGUUCCCUGAUGUCUUGGGAUGCUGGGGAGGAGAAAGUAUUUGACAGGUUUCACCCACAGGGCUGGUUUUCCCCACUCCCACAGCUGUCAGAAUUGGAUUUCCACCUCCGGCGGGAGCCCGUUGUUUCCGGUUCAGGGGUAGGGUCUUCCCGGCAUUGGGAUGAAAUGAUUUGGAAAUGCAUUUGCUGCCUCAUCGCAUCAUUGGCGCCUCAUGAUUUCAGGGAAGAUGGCCAGCCCCUGGGAGAGCUAAUCAAGGCCUAUUCCUUUGCCUGCCUCGCCUCCCUGCCCUCAUCCCAGUAACAGUAGUAUUUGUGAAGCACUUACUAUGUGCCAAGUACUGUACUAGGCACUGAGGUAGAUACAGGAUCAUCAGGA